AUAUAAAUACCUGCAGUAGACAAAGGCGGUAAAAUGCUGAGCGUAUGUCAGACUCUUGCUUACCUGCAUGCAUAAUAGGGAAAAAAGGGACAGGGGGAUGCAAUGCAGAGGCCCUAAUGAGAGGAUGCUCAGCAGCUGAGGAAGACCUUUGAGCUGAACCUGAAUCAUCUACAAGACUCUUGUCAGGGGGUACAGAUGUGUCUAAAACCGUGAAGAGCUCGGGCUGAGGUGCUGACACCAGUUUCUCUUUGAGAAAAUAGGUAACCUAUGACAGUAUUCUACCUGCAUAUUCCCAGGUGUCUUAAGUUAAAACUAUGCUUGACUGAGUUAGGGAGCAAAAGGACACAAGAAAUAGGAGAGGUGAAAGAUUGCAGGAAGAAAAAGAAAAAGAAAAAGGCAGAGUAAGAGAAGGCCAGAGAAGACCAGAUAAAGUGAGGACUCAGGCACAGAGCAGACAUUAAUAAAUCUAGGUAUUCAAGAUAAGAAGCAACAGAGUCAAAGGUGAGCAAUGAAGGCACACGAGACAACAUAAAUCAACAAGAGAGAAGCAACCGACAGUAGGAUCAAACCCCAGAGCAUCAUUCGGACCCUUUAGGAGCAUCCAAGGAAACGAUGGCCUGCCAAGCCUUCAGCGCUGACUCGUUCAGCCCACUGGCAGGAGAUUCACCCCUGCCCAUCCUCAUGCAUCACGCAUCAACCACUGACUGCCUUCCAGCCACCUCCCAUGCUCACAGCAUGGUUUCUGCAGGUAAACUGGACUCUUUGUCCUGAGCUGUUCUCUUUCUCUUAUAUUAUUUAAUUGUUGGAGUGAACCUUGAUUUAUCCACCUGAUAAUACUACUAUUACAAUCUACAUGGUGCUGGCAGACGUUGCCAUGCGAAUGGAAACUAGAAGAAAAUGCAUGAAAAUUGACAGCAAUGAGUGUGUUUUCCAUCAAUAAUAUGUAUAUAUUUCAAAUCACAAAUCAGCACUUGAAAGGAUGAAGACAGUUUUAAACUAACACCACGAAAAACCUGAUCUAACUGCAUGCAUUUUUGUAAAUUAUAGUAAAAAUAUCUCAUCACAGCUAAUGUAAUGCUUGCUGACUUUACAAGUCCAUAAAUACCUUUUAUUAGAAGAUUUACAAGCCAAAAAUAAGGACUUAAAGUAAUGUAAUAAACAUUAUUGGCUGACUGUUUGAUCAACUUGAUAUACUAUCUCCUUUUACUUACUAUUAUCAAGUCCUUAUGUUUGGCCUGUAGUAAUUUUGAAAUAAGACUUGGGUAAGAUCUGGACGUUUAAAGGUUAAUGUGGCUCAUAAAACAUUGUGUUUAGACACGUCGAUCACCACAUGGUGUUUUAUUGAUGUUAAAUCUCCCCUUACAAUAUAGCAGGCCUCUAAAAAUGACUUUAGUUCCUGUGCCAUGUGAAUAUAAUUGAAGACAUGUUGUGCCACUGUGUUUUCACUUGACAGUACAUAGUCGGGAGCUUUUGCAGGGAUUUACUUAAAGAAACACACAGGUGAAGUGUCGCUGUGUUGCACCUAUUAGCCUGGAAAUAACAGAACCUCACUUUCCCCUCCUCUUCAUCAAGGUACACAAUGAUAAGGGUGAACUGAAUUGGAGAAAUACAUUUGGAGAAUGUUAUUUAAAUGUUUCCCAUCAGCCUCCCUGGCCCAAAUGUCUCUAUUCAGUGGGUAUUUCCUCUGAGGAUUGGUUAUCAGUAUGGGGAGCUCCUAUGGGAUUUUUCACCAUGAAAUAAUUUAGUGCAGACUUCAUGGCAUUUAACUGCAAGCUAGCUGUUGUGUGUCAGAUUAACUUCAUUAGGCAAAUAUUUCACUUGUGUAGCAGCUAGUAAAGCUGCUGGUCAAACAAUUGUUCCUUCAUUUUUAUGGUGUAGCAAAACAUUCACCUGGAUUAUAAUAAUAAUUGUGUGAAAAGCUUAAAAUGAGUUUUUGAAUCAACAGUCAGUACUGCCUUUCAAAAUAAAUGGAAAAAUAAAUCAAAUAGCAAAUCAAAAUUCAAAUCAAAGCUUCAUUUAGGGCAAAAACUGCAAAACUGUUCUUAGUAUUUGACAGAGCCUUGUAAGUCAUGGUCAAAUGAUUAGACAGACAAAAGAAAACACAGAAACUGUCUGUACGUGCGUUGAUGACCAACGAACAACUCAGAGUGCAUCUGAAUAACAUGCAUUAGAAUGCAUUAGUUCUCCAAAUGAACUUCAAACUGAAUAAAAACCUGAAUACAUGAAUAAGUAUAUGAUUAGCAGACCGGAGCAACGCUCAUUUAGUAUAUCUGUAUACACUCUGCAGAGAGGACCACACUUAGUCAGGCAGAGGUUUAGGUCUGGCUCGUGACACAACUGUUAAAUAGUCUUUGUUAGCAUUAAAUGGCUGAUUCCUGGUUUCCAGAUCAUAAGCACUGUUUUAUUUGCUAUACUUCUUUAUAGUGUCCUCAUUUCAGUGGCGUAUCUUGUUGAAUUUAUGGGGCUGUUUAAAGCCGCGCCAAGUCUUAAGUAGAAGCAUUUUCUGCAGAUUACCAUCACAUUUCUGUUAUAAAUCGAAGACUAUCUUUAUUUCUUUCAAGCCUUUUUCAUAUUUAGAGAUAUCAUUUAUCAUCUGCAAAUACUUUGCAGUAGUUAGUAUCAUCAAUACAAGCGUGUAUGGAUCUCUAAAAGCAUCACUGCUUUUUUCAGCUCUGUUAUGUAUUCAGAUCAGUAAGCCAACAAAUCUGAAUUUGCUGUUUCUUUUGUUCUCCAGUCUGACUGUAACGACAUUUCUCUCCAUCAGUAUCCUCUGGGCUUACCUUGGGUCAGUCGUCCAAGCGCUCCCACAUGCACCUGUCCACUUCCUCCCUCGGCAACGCUCUUGGAAACGGCCCACCGAGCCUACAUUACCCAGUUACCCCCUGUCACUACAGCAACCAGCAGGCUACCUAUGGCAUGAUGGCAGGUGGGUGGUGGUGUUGGUUUUUGUGUCAACCCUUGUGAGGCUUUAUUUAAUCUGGUGCUAUUACACAAUGAGCAGACAAUUAAUCAUCAUCCACUCUACUGCUUUUUUUUUUAAUCGUUUAUCAAGGACAUGAUCUAAAUAUUACAUCUUCAGCCUUUGAGGGAGCUUUUCUUCUUCUUUCUGCUAAUAUUACUCCUUAAUAAAAACCUCGCAGUCUGGUGUUAGUUUGACAAAAGUCAGUGGUGCUGAAUUUGAAAUUUUAAAAGUGAUUUUUAAAAGUUUAAAAGUGUUUUUUUUUUACUCAUACAUUAAACUAUUAACUGCUUGCAAAAUUAUUUGGUGUGCAUUUCCUGUUAAUAUUUGAAUGACAAUGUCUGAGGAAAGUGCUUCAAAGAUUGGGACAUAGACUUAAUGUCAUAUGAGGACAAAAUCGUAUAGAAAGCAAUUUCAUUUUAACAACCAUGAUUAUGACUGAGGUCUUAAGACUGUUUUGCAGAGGAUGGCAAUUGCAAUAUGCAAUACAUGGUAAUGGCUACUAUAAUUUUGAAAAGAGAGGCUUAACCCUCCCUCCCUCCCUCUUUCUCUGUGUAGCUCAGGAGAUGCUCUCUGCCAGUAUUUCUCAGACUCGUAUCCUGCAGACAUGUGGUGUCCCUCACCCCAACAUGGUGAGCGCUGCAAACCCAUUGCAAGGUAAUGAUCUAACCAUCAAGUGGCACCAUCUUACACACACACCUACACACACAUAUACACAAGAUCAUUCCCAUUCCUGAACUGCAGUUACACCCAAUAAAUUGAGCAGACAACUUGUUUAUUCCCAUUUAAUUUGAAAUCUGCUACCAGUUAAAAUCAAUUUCAGACUUGAUUAGCUCUCCUUACGCUCAAGCUAUUCAGCACACUUGUUAAACAUAACUGUCAAAGCCGACUUGCCACUUCCUCCUCCUGUGGAGCGAGCAGAGAAAUGAAGGUAGGAGUACGUGGUUCUGUGAAAUCUGUCAGAAACUAGUGUUGGUGUUAAAGUAUUUUCUAUUUAUUCAUGGCAGAAGAUCUUCUCCAGCCAAAUGCAAGUCAAUCAUCUGUCUCUCCAUAACUGUUAGCAAUAUUUCAACAGACAACACUGUGUUCCAAACAGAUGGAAACAGAUUUUAUCUUUUAACAAUAAUAGUUGUCUAAUCUCAGAAAAUGGAAGGCCCUUCUGCUGGUAUUAUCAUUUCAGUAUGUUUCAUUUUGAGCGAGUUAACACUAAUGUGCCAAACCAAUUAGCAAUGUUAUUUUGAGUUUCAAAGGAUUGACUUCUUACUGUACUACUGUAGGCAGUGAGGGCUAACGUUACACACCAAAAAGUUAGACCACUUUUCUUAAUCAAUUAAUAUCCUUUAUUUGACAAGUGAAAAAAAAACUAAAACUCAUUGAGAUUUAAAACUGAUUUUUCAAGAGCGACCUGGCCAAACACACAAAACACAAAUAAAAUACAGUCUCUCACUACCAAGAGACAUGAGUGGGAUUAUAUGAUAACACAAUAGCUGUGACCAGUAAUAAAACACAGAGCACAGUUGGAUACACUAUCCAACUCUUUAAAAAAACUGAUCAGGAGCGUUCGUAAAAGAAAAGUCUCCAUAGUCCAACAAGGGUAAAAAAGUUGUGUUGAUCAAAUAUUUUCUGACAUGCAAUGAAAAACAUAAUUUAUUUCUAAUAAAAGAAACCCAUUUUCAAUCUCAGUUUAGAAAGAAGUUCAUCAACUUGCAAUUUAAUGGACAGAUUCUCAUCUGUCAAGAUUUUUUUGUAGGAUGUAACAAUGAAAAUUUCAACCCCAUGAACAGUUUACAACUUAGGAAGAUGAGAUAGGAGCUGCUUGCCAUUUGAAAGUAGCAUGGUCUUUGAUUAAUCUGAAUUAAACUGCAUUCAGCACUAACUGUAUGACUAACUGUACUAGAGCACUAACUUAACACUGACUGUCAAACAGUCAGUAUCAAAGGCUGACUGCAGGAGCUCAAGGGAUUUAAGAGCUAAAGAAGAUUAACAAUAAAUUAUUGUAUCAUCAGCAUAAAAUGGGACACAGCAUCAGACAAAUUAUCACAAUGAUUAUUCAAAUAAAUUGUGAACAACAGUGGCCCAAAUGUAGAACCUUGAGGCAUGCUCUUUAGAAGAGGGAGGAAGGAGGAAAAAGACACACAGCCUGGACAUACUGUAUUCUGUCUGAUAAAUAAUUAGAGGACCAGUUUAUAGCCUGGUUAGAUAAACCAAUCUUGUGGAGUUUAUCUGCCAGGAUGACACGGCCAACUGUGUCAAAUGCCUCUGACAAGUCUAUCAAAAAAGCUGCACAAUGUUGUUGGCCGUUUAGUGCUUCUAUAAAAUGUAAUUUACCACUUUAACAGCAACAGUUAUUGUACUGUGCUGUUUACAAAAACCUGACUGAUAUUGUGAGAGGAGACCUAUACAUCUAAAAAAUAUUUAAACAUUUGUUCACCGACCAACUUUUCUCAAACUUUGGAGAGAACACACAACUUAGAGAUACUAACUACCAAUCAGAAAUCGUUGAUACAGUGACAAAAUAAUCCAAAGUCCUGAUCAGUCACACCCACAAGAACUAAACAUACAAGGUGACUACGUCAUGCAACUAUUACCUACUGAAUAAACAAACAAGCAAACAGCAAGUUUUGAUCUAAGGAUGAUUUCUUUGAUUCAAAAAUAUGAAAAUAAUGGCUCAGUUUUGAGAGUUGGUAGCAUUUCCAUGGUGAUGAUAUUCUUAUUAGCCUACACACAGGUCAAACUGACUAACUAAAUUUGUAUCCACUGUAAACUCCAAACAUCACCCAGCUAUGAUAUUAUGAAUCAUAUUAGACUUGGCAUUUUCAUAUACAGUAAAGCAAGAAUAAGAGCAAGAAAAGCGGUUUGCCAUUGGCAUUCUCCGUAGAUGCAGAAAAUAACAGCUGCUCUCGUUUAUGGUCCUUUCCCCAAUUACUUUUCAGUUGGCAUUUUCACACUCUCACUCAACCAGCCCUGCGACACUGCCAAAGCCCAGAGCGUGCUGUGGUCUGCAGUCGUUUCAUGUCUAAAGACUCCUCUUUCACAUGGAAGAGUUUGGGUGGAUACUGAAGUAAUCAUUUGAGAAAGAUUUUUUUUCCAUGAUGCAUCUCAAGAAAAACUCUGAACUGUCAAAAGAUAAGUUAAAAUUUCAAAGAAAAGUUAGAAAAUUACUUAAUUAAUUUAAGUCAGAACAUCCAAAAUAGAGUCAUGAUUUAAUAUGAAGAAGCUCACAUGCAUAUAUAACUGUGCUAGGAUCUUCUGAGGUUAUUUAUAAUGUAAAAGUAAUGUCGAAAGAGAAGAUGUGACACCUCCACUUCACAUUUGCUUUUGACCAUUUUAAACACUAAAUUAUUCUUUUUUCUCUCUAAUUUGAAACUUCAUUCUCAAAAUGCAUAAUGACAAAACUUCCCUAUACUUUCACUUCCACUCCAUCUAUUCUUUUUUUUUUUUUACCACUUUUCAUCUUUUUUCUGCUUGUGACUUCUCAGUCAUUAAGCACUAAUUUAAAAUUUUGUGUUUCCAGGUAAAUUCAGAAUAGUAUUCAAAAUGUUCUGGAUGUUGUCUCCUGAUGCUGUCAGAGAGUCAAGUUGGUUUUUUUUUGUUUUUUUUUUAAGUGAUAUCAUAAACAAUACAUCUUCAGAUUUGCUGUUACUCCGUUCUUGAUUUAAGAGAGAUGUGUUUGAUGUGAAAUUUCUAGUCUAACCUCUGUCGGAAUCAAGUAGAUAUAAUUGAACCAGGUGAUUAAAAAGAUGUCAGGUAAUAAUUACUAUAAUUCCAAGUUACCACAGUUUUCCCAAAAGAGACAAAACAAAGCAAGAAAGUUGUUAAAAUCAUGAGAAAAAGUAAGAAAUAAACAUAGUAAAAGUCAUUUUAAAGGAUUUUUACAUGAAUUUCAAGUUUUAAGGUAAAAUGUCUAAAUGUAAAAUGUAAAAUAAAGAGAAAAAAAAGGUUCUGCAGUUAGAUACUGAUUUAAUGAGGGACUUAAAAGAGAAAACAGAAUUAUCUGACCUGAACUCAUGCAAAUUGCUCUGGAACUUUGGAGCUCUUCUAGCAAAAACUUCUGUCACCUUUAGCUUUGGAUUUUUGAACAUGUAGACAAUUUCUACACGAGGAUCUUGAUGUAGGUGCAAUCAAAGCCACAGAGAGCACUAAAAGUAUCAGAAACCAUCUAGAAACUUUGCAAAAAAUAUGCCUGACACUAGUAUUAAGGAACUUUGUGCAGUCUGGAGUUUAAUUUAAAAUUUUUGAUUCUAAAAAUUUGCUAAUUUUUAUUGUUAACAGGGAUGUUUCUGCUUCUCAAAAGACAUUAUCCACUUAAAAUGAAGUGUCUCUACUAGUCUCUCCUUUUGUUAACCUUGAAAGUUUCACAGUACCUACUGUGUAUGGAAGAGUAGUGGACAUUGGUCCUCUUGAAGGGAGGGUAAAUUUUACUUUCCUCCAUGUAAGUGUUAAUUAGGAUCGAAAAUUACAUCUCGGAGUGUCAAACCUAAAGAUAACAUGAACAUAGUUUUAUUAGCUCAUCUGUGAACACAUAUGCGAAACAUAUCCAACACUUCAUCUGUUAGACUGGAUGUCAGUGUGCAGGUGUCCUGCAUACUAACUACUCUGAAUAAUUCAAAAAUAAUUAAAGCACUGAGAGCCAUCCAGAGCCUGUAGUAGAUAUUAAUAACCCGAUAUUGGACACAUUUCUUUGUUAAGGGAAAAAAAUCAUUGAACUAAAACAACUUUGUGAGAUGUUACAAAGUGGGAGCACCUUUACAGAAAAGAUAAUAUUACCUUAAAUUUAACCCUGGUGGCCCAGAAAAAUGCACAUUUGUAGAGGAAAUAAGAUCGGCUCUUUUAAAAGACAAAAGGGAAAUGAUUUACCCCUGGGGUGUUAACCUGAAAACAUGUUAACAGAUAUGCCCUAAUAAAAUGAUCUGAUACUCUGCAGUCCACCGCCUCUCAAAAGCUGUGCUGAAAUAUAUUGGGAUUCAUAUUACAUGGAUGGUCACAUUUAUUUGCAUCAGGGGUUCAUUAGUCACUUUAAUAAACUCAGAAUGUGCAGUCCAGUAAUGGGUACCAAAAUUAUAAAAGCCAGCUGGUUGGAGAUCAGCUAGUUUGCAGCUUUUGUGGGGUUACACUGGUCCAUGGGAAGAUGACAAAGGAUGCUUUGCAUAAGUAAAACAACAGACUGACGAACCAACUGUUUAUGAAGGAUCAAGUGUCUCGAGGGCAGGUUUGAAGUGAGGAAAGCUUUUGAUGAACUGUGAAAUUCAAUUUAUCCAAAGUGGCCACCGAAUCUGCAAAAGGCUGUUUUAAAGCAAAGGACAGCGCCAUCAUUAAUAGAUUAAAUGGGACUCUGUAAUUGUGUGGACUGCGUGAGAAAAGGUCAGAGAAGAAACUGUCUUUUACUGUAAAAUAAAUGCUGUCCUUUCCCUUUUUUGGUUUAUAAUGGAUGAAAACAAGUUAGUGAAAUGUGAAAGGUUUCAAUUUAUGAACCUAGGGAGAGUUAUCAACUCUGUAUUACCUUUCAGCUACACUGAGCGUUUUGGCCUCCUUGGCCUUAUAAGCCUUGUUUUCAGCCAUAGAAAAAGUACAGAAUAGCACACAGAGUGGCUUUAAUGUUCCUGUUUUUUAGUCAGUCAGUAGGUGAACGGGCUGUCAUGACAGACUGAACAAUGACAGGAUGAGCAAGGCCUCAAUGCAAAGCUGAAGGUGGUCGUCGACCUAAAACAACCUGCUCACUGCACAUUAUCUCUCUUUUAAAUGGCUACCUACUUUCAAAAAAAGUAUUUUACACAGACCUGUUAUAAAACAGAAUUAAAAUGUAUGUGAUAAUGUGCUAAACAGUUUAAAUUAAACAUAGGUGUUGUUUGAAGUGGCAAUAUCUGUCAUUUAAAGGAGCAUUUUGAAGCCCAAAAACAGUGAACGCCAUAUCUAAAACACCUAACUUCCAGCCAGCAUAAAAACAGGUUAAGAUGUAGAGCUGAGAGGAGGGGGAGUAGCCAAACCAAGGUAUAGUCUAGCAUCCUGGCAAUGACUCCUCCAUACAGUACCUGCCUGUUUGAUGCCUCUUUGUGGAGAACAGGUAAUAUUGUACACCUGAGCCUCUAAAAAAACAUCACUAUAGUCAGGGCUUUGAGCUUCUUCCUCACUUAUACUGACAGAUAUUUCUUAUGGGGUGCUUACUGGUAUUCAUCUACUUCUAUCUGAUGUAAACUGAAACACUUUAUAAGACAUCUGCUAAUGAAGCCUCAUGGAGGGAGCAUUGCAAAUGACAGUAGAAGGGACGAGGGUAGACAUGUUCGCCUGGAUAUAACCUCCUGGUCUUAACAAGAGAGUCUAAAAGGAGUGAGUCCAACAUCCCCCUUGAGGAAACCGAUGAUGCAUACAGUCAGAUUGUAAAAUCUGCCACACUACUCCCCAUGCAGCUGCUGUAUGGAUCCCACUGAGCAAUUUAGUGGGUCAAUGAUAGCAUCCUUUUCAACCCUCCAAUUCUGAAACUGAGCCCAUUUUGUGUAAGAAAGUUAUGAGGGCUUUAGCUGUUUUUAUUCUUAUUUCUGCCUCUGUAUUCCUACAGGGAUGCUGCCAUCCAAAAGUGAAGCUUUGCACCCAUUCUAAUAAGGUGGUAGACGCACAAAGCUAUGAGCAUCAGUGCCCUGAGAAAAGACAGUCACUGGUUUAGCCUGUCAGAGGAGGGGACCAGCAGGUUUCUCCUGCAGAAUACAAUGUCAGUGUUUCUAUAGGAUAUUUACAGUGUGUCUCCUUCUCAUUCUAGUUCCUACUGCACUACAAUCACAUUAACACAAGAGGGGAGUGUUGCAUUGGUCAUCAGAAAUGGAAUAUCAGCUUCGUUUUUGUUGACUAAUUGACAACUGCAUUUAGAUUAACAUCUGGCUGCUGUCAGACAUUACUCACAGAGGUCGAGCCGUGCCUGUAGUCUGCCCCCACACCACUAUGAGUAACGUCUCAUUUCACUGAUCAUACUUUUUCUGAAUAAUAGAUCAAUCAAGUCUGUCUCUGUCUUGCUGCUGCAGCUGUGCAGACUGUUGAUGCAAUGAGGGGCAUCAUAUUCAAAAUGACCAUCGGUCAUCAAACCAUCUGGGGCCCUGGCACUAAUCUGUCAUAAAUACUAAUAGAAUUAUGGAGCAACAGGCACCGUCUCCAUAGCACCUCAGAUUUCACAUUUACAGCCAGCAGCCUGUUAGAAAGAAGCUCUGUGGUGUGUUAAUAUACAAAUAUUGAUGACCUGUUGUGCAGAGUUUGUUUAAGACCACAGUAAAACCUCAGUUGUGUGUCCCAGCCCUGCAGCCAAGGUUAAGAAAUACAUGAGAACCCAGUAUCGACUGGCUGAAUUUUGAGUGAGGUCCAGAGGUAAAUAUCCUGAUUUGGUUCAAGAACAGAGGAAAGAUGUGCAUAUAUAGAAAAAUGUAUUCAGGAUGGGUAAUAGUCCUUUUUUUCCAAAAUAGUCACUGUUUCAGCUUUCAUCUCAAAACAAGAGGCAACCUGAAAGACAAACCGUACAAGCUCCAGCAGUUUCGAAUCCCAGGAGCUCAGUGUAUCCAGCAGAGGAAUGUCAACAUUUUCCUCUCUGUCAAAAUAAAGCUUAGCAUGCACGUGAGGAUGGCACCUAUCUGACAGUCUCAGGGUCUCCCUUCUGACUCCCCUCAGCUAAUUUUCCUCUCUCAAAUGUUCAACUGUUCUCACUUGGCCUUUUCCCAACCUCCUUCUCUCCCACAGGGUCACUUACCCCUUGCUUGUACAAGUUUCCAGACCAUAGUCUAGGUAGCAGUUCCUGUGCAUUAAGCCAUGGAUUCUCCUCACUGCCCUCGGCCUUCCUCUCUACUGAUGAGGCCCCCGGGGGCCCCUCUGUUGUAGAGAUGAAAACUGACACCCAGAGGAAGAGCAUGCGGGAGCCAGACGAUGCCCCUGCCAUGGACUCCCCACAGAUCAGAGAACUGGAGAUGUUUGCCAAUGACUUCAAAAUACGGAGGAUCAAACUUGGCAAGUAUCUAAAUGAUGAAAUGUUGAACAUAGCCUUUAACUGACCACAUUUGUUUCAGCUUGUUAUUCACACUCGCUGCUUUAUUCUGACCUUCAGGCUACACACAGACUAAUGUAGGUGAGGCUCUAGCUGCAGUUCAUGGGUCAGAGUUCAGUCAGACUACAAUCUGUCGAUUUGAAAACCUGCAGCUGAGCUUCAAAAAUGCCUGCAAACUGAAGGCCAUACUGGCUAAAUGGCUCGAUGAAGCUGAACUGGCUGGAGGUGAGUCACACAUUUCCACUCAACACCAUCAACCUCCAUUUACAGCAGUUAUUCAGAGCUGAUCUGUACCUGGAUACUACAUUUAGAUGAGUUACAAAGUUGUAAAAACCCUUUUAGUGCUGUGUGUACAAAUGAGUUUGUCACAGUCUUGUUUCAGGACCUAAAAACAGCUUUGGUGUCAUCAUCUAACAUGAUGGUUUCUCCUCUGACUUAAAACAACCCCCCCAAAAAUUGCCCUUUAUCUUCUCUCACUCUUCAUCACAUUAGUGAACUAGUAGUGUUUAUGUGCGCAGAGAGGUGGCAGGUACUUAAUGGUAAUACAAUCUCUUUUCCCCUUCCUGCAGCUUUGUACAGUGAUAAAAUAGGAAUGAAUGAACGCAAAAGAAAAAGAAGAACAACGAUCAGGUAUCAUCCACACAAAACAAAGAUAUAAUGCGAACCCUAAAAUAAAAUCUUUAGAUCAUACGCUUCAUCCUCUUUUGUCCUUUGUUCCAGCCUGGGAGCUAAGGAGGCUCUGGAGCGCAGCUUUGUGGAAAAGAGUAAGCCAUCCUCCCAAGAAAUUGCACGGAUAGCUAAAGGUCUUCAUCUGGAAAAGGAGGUCGUCAGAGUGUGGUUCUGCAACAGACGCCAAAGAGAGAAACGGGUCAAAACCAGCCUCAACCUCAGCUCCUGUCUGAGCAAAAUCAGCCCAACCUGCCUCACUCAGAUGAGUAAAACACAAAGAGCAAUGAUGUGAUUCAGAGAUCGGCUGGAGAGUGUCUGUUCUCAACUGGUCUGAUGAGCACAGCUGGUUCAAAUCCUUUACCUUCAAAGUGAUAUGUAUGUUUGGGAGAACACAAUCUAGCAUAUAACUGUCCUCAUUCUGUAUUCGGCAAUUCACAAUGCGACUGCAACAAUUCACUUCAUAUUUAAGUUAAACUGAGAUGGGAAAAACUGAAAACACUCUGCCAAAGUAUGCCACAUGAACAUGAGUCAUUGUCAGCUUGGAUGUGGAAUCAGCAAAUUGUUUUUCCCAUGUGAGGAGAUGUUCUUCAAUCCAACGUGCAGUAAUGUUAUUUCUGAAGGGAAAUGUUUCUUUGCAACAUAUGAAUUGCUCGGUAAUGCAGGAAUAUUCAGUUACAGAAAUGAAAAUGAGAAACAGAAACCCUGCCAGUAGUUUCCUUACCUGAAGUUACAAUCAACACGUACUGGUGUUUACUGAUCAUGAGAUGUUCUUCGGAUUUGAUGCUGCAGCUAACAAACCUGUACAAGUGUGAAAGUCCUCAACACAGGCUGUGCCUUUUUUUUUUUCAUUCUGAUGGUGAUGCAAAACUGAAAAAAUAUCAUUAUCACGAUGAUAAUCACGAUGACAUUAAGUGAUUGUAAAUCUUCACAAAAUGAUGUGGCUGAGUCAGCCUCAUCUGCCUCAUCUUCAGUUCCUGUUUUCUUUCUGUUUUCUCGGCCAAAGGGUUCAGCUGAUCAACAUCUGACUAAUGUACUUAAACUGAGAUCAUACAACCUCACUUUAAAAAAGCAGGACUGACCCUUUAUUUAAAAACAAGCCAGUGUCUUUCAGAUUACGGUGUAUUCUAUAUUUAUUGUUGUUUUAUACAGAACAGAGUAGAAAUCUUUGUGUCAUAAUUGUGUUUCUUUGUGUAUCACCAUUGUGCCCCUUCAUUCAUGAUGCGUCUUUGACAUGUUUUAUUAAUGUUAGUCUGGCUGCUGUCACAGCUGUCAUGUAUCUACAGUUUCUUUAUAACCUAUUUAUUUGAAACCAAAUAAUGUUGAUCCACUUUGAUAAGUUCCUUCUCUCUGAUUUAUGGUUGGAGGUCAGAGAUUUAUGAAACUUUAUGACAUUUUUGUCAACGUAGAUGCGAGCCGUGCUGGUUCCCUGUUGUAAGAUUGAUUUUUCAUACCUUCUGAUGUUUUUUGUUGUUGCUGCUGCCUUGACAAAGUGUCAUAAAAAAAGAAGAACAUCAGCCUGUCACAGCUCUGACCUGGUUGGGAUGACUGAUAUGAGGCCUACAAGGUGAAGAAAUAAGUUUGCACACUGCAGAUUUUCUCACCAUAUUAUUGUCACCUUACAUCAGGUACCAGGCAUUUAUGAAAUUGGAUUUUUCAGUUAGUCUUGAGUAGAACAUGUAGGGCCAUGUGUUCACUUAUUUAGACAGAUAAAUAUGAAGUGCAGUUAUUCAGCUUAAUUUAAAAUAUCCAGUAAAUCUGCCAAAGACUGGGCUGCUUUGUCAGAAAAAAAAUAGCACUUGUACCGAGCGAUUGUCCACCAGUUCCCAGACACUGAAUAGUAAUUCAGUUGAAUUCAUUUCUGACAAUAAAAGACAGCUGAGGAGCUACAUGUGAAAUCUGUCAUUUUUACUGUUCUAUUAGCAUAUGAAUACAUAAAUUAGCUGGUCAUAUGUUAAGCCUGAACUUUACAGUGAGUGGGUUAGCAUCAGGGGACACAUAAAUAAAGGUAGGACAUCUUAUCUCAGGAAUAAGCAGGUUCUUCUUUGAUUCAUGUUCAGCCAUCUGACUGAAGAGCUGCCAGGGGAAAUAAAUGGGUCAUUGAGUGCUGACACACUUCUGCAGAUGUACAGUGAAAAGUUACAAAGUAUGCAGAACUAAAUUAAUCUAAGAAGCUUCUUCAUACUCAGUUAUUAGUCAUAACAGGAGUGCUUCUGGAGAUACAGCUUUUUAACUCUAACAGGCUUCCCUGUAUUCAGGGAACAUUGAAGACAGCUCUUGAUUUCUGUUUUAUACGCCAUAUGAAAAUCUACAAGCUGACUGGUGAUUAAACAGUUUCUUUUCAAAUACAAUCCUGAAGUUUGCAAUGCUCUUACCACUUGCAAUGCAAAUGUGAAUUGAACAGCUUCAAGUGUCAACAAUCAGGACACUGCAACAGUCUGACCUGG